AUGGCCAAGCGCCAUGCGCCCGAGCCCCUCGACGAGCUCCUGGGCGCGGCAUCACCGGCCUCCAAAAAGUCGCGAACGGCCGAAGUCGAAACGCCGCGCAACGAAAACGGCGUCUCCUUUGCCACGCCAUCACAGCUUGACGAGGCCGUCGCCGGCGAAGGCAGCCACAGCUCCGACGGCGACGAGGACCCCGACGAAGCAGCUCCCCCGGUGCCGUUGCGACAAGCCAAUCCCGCCGAGGGCUACGACGACCUCUACCUCGACACGAUAGACCGGCAAGUGCUCGACUUUGACUUUGAAAAGCUCUGCUCGGUCUCGCUGUCCAACAUCAACGUAUACGCCUGCCUGGUGUGCGGGAAGUACUUCCAGGGCCGCGGGCCCAAGUCGCACGCCUACUUCCACGCCCUCGACGAAGACCACCACGUCUUCAUCAACCUCGAGACGCAGCGGGUGUACGUCCUCCCGGAGGGCUACGAAGUCAAGAGCAAGUCCCUGGACGACAUCAAGUACGUCUCCGACCCGCGGUACACGAAACGCGAGGUCGCGAGCAUCGACCGCUCGCGCCGCAAGUCGUGGACCCUCGCCGGCAGAGAGUACACCCCGGGCUUCGUCGGCAUCAACAACAUCAAGGAGAACGACUACCUCAACGUCGUCGUCCAGGCGCUCUCCCACGUGCCCCCGCUCCGGAACUUCUUCCUGCUCGAGGACUUCAGCAGGGCGACGGAGCUCGUCAAGCGGUGCAGCAUCCUCUUCCGCAAGAUCUGGAACGCGCGCGCCUUCAAGGCCCACGUCUCGCCGCACGAGCUCCUCCAGGAGAUCGCCGUCCGCUCCAACAAGCGCUUCACGCUCACCGCGCAGUCCGACCCCGUCGAGUUCCUCUCCUGGUUCCUCAACAACCUCCACCUCGGCCUGGGCGGCAGCAAGUCCCGGCCCGGCAGCUCCAUGAUCCAGCGCACCUUCCAGGGCAGGCUCAAGGUCGAGUCGCAGGCCAUCACGGCCCGCGCAGACGCCACCGACCGGCUGCGCUUCGAGGAGGCGGCCCAGGUCAGGGCCGACGUCGUGCGCUUCCUCCUCCUCACGCUCGACCUCCCCGCCGCGCCGCUCUUCCAGGACGAGCUCGAGCGCAACAUCAUCCCCCAGGUGCCCCUGACCGCCAUCCUGUCCAAGUACGACGGCAGGUCGGCGCAGGAGCACCACGCCCAGCGCAAGCGCUACCGCCUGCUGCACCCCCUCCCGCCGUACCUGAUAUUCCACGUCAAGCGCUUCUCGCAGAACAAGUUCGUCUCCGAGCGGAACCCUACCAUCGUCACGUUUGACGCCCGCAACCUCGACGUGUCGCCGUACGUGGAGCCGAACCCUGCUGAGUGGCCCGCCUCGGAGCCCAUCUGGUACGAUCUGGUCGCCAACGUGGUGCACGAGGCGGUGCGCACGAGGGAAGACGUCGCCGACAGCGGGGACGAGCGAAAGACGUGGAAGGCGCAGGUGAGGGACAGGGCCACGGGCGAAUGGGUCAGCUGCCAGGAUUUAUAUGUAGAAAAGGUCCAGAGCGAGCUGUUGUAUUUGGGAGAGACGUAUCUGCAGAUUUGGGAGCGGAGGAGGGAACCAAGACCGGCGGCGGCGGCCGGAGCCUCCAAGCACGCCAACUUCUGA